CAGUUAAAUCUCUAGGCCAAACAACUGAAAAUAAAACUCAAUCCCUUUCAUUCUCGCUUGCUUCUCAAUUUCUCUCUUCUCUUCGCCCUCCAAAUUCUCAGGUGAAAGAUGGCGGGAAAAGGAGGGAAGGGGCUUUUGGCAGCGAAGACCACGGCGGCUAACAAGGACAAAGACAAGGACAAGAAGAGGCCGAUUUCUCGGUCAUCCCGUGCCGGUAUCCAGUUUCCAGUGGGUCGGAUUCACCGCCAUCUGAAAACGAGGAUCUCUGCAAACGGUCGAGUUGGUGCAACAGCUGCCGUUUAUUUAGCUUCAAUCCUCGAGUAUCUGACAGCUGAGGUUCUUGAGCUGGCUGGAAACGCAAGUAAGGAUCUGAAGGUGAAGAGAAUUACUCCCAGGCAUUUGCAGCUGGCCAUUAGAGGAGAUGAGGAGCUUGACACACUCAUCAAGGGAACCAUUGCUGGCGGUGGUGUGAUUCCUCAUAUUCACAAAUCACUCAUCAACAAAACUGCGAAAGAAUGAGUACUUUCUCACUCACAGGAGAACUCUGCUUUAUUAUGUGUUUGGGUUAUCUAGUUUAGGUUAAAAUUGGACUUGGGUCAGUGUUACUAAUGCUAGUUUAUCCAGAAUAUCUUAGUAAAUAUGGAUUAACGUUUAGGUUUGUCCUCUAGAACUGAUAUCUUUGUUAAGGCUAGGUGCACUGUUGUUCGUUUGAUUGCCCUAACUUUACUUCCCUCGUUAUCAUAAUUCAUUCUUGCAUUUUCUUCA